GUAUAUUUAUUCUGGUAUAUAUUAUGUUAGGUAUAAUAACAACGAACCAGAUUAAUCAAUAGCGAAAGAAGGUACGAGGCGAAGUCUACAGGUCGGUUUUGUAUCCUACUGAAACUCUGUCUGUUCGUUUAUUUGUCCGAUCCAAAUCGACCCAAAUCGAAGUGGUUGGAUUGGUGAUUUUUGACGGUAACCGGGGUUUUAUCUGGGAUAGGGCUGCGCGUAAGGUCGAGCCAACUAAUUGAAUACCUUUUCUCUAAGGGAGUUUGCUUUUCCAUCUUAUAGAGCGUAAUAUUACGUUGGGCAAACUAGUUGUUGUUUUUUGCGACGUAACUUUUUUCGCGAUAAUAUAUUAAACUUGUGUGUAAGAAGGGUAAACUGGGUACUUUGAUAAGAUUUGCGAAGCAAAAUUUUCGCGUGACGGAAUAGUAGCCGAAUGUCUACAGUGGUCUAUUUAGGCUAAAUUGUUGUUGACAUUAAUCGAAAGCUCUUGCUGAAUAGAAUGAAGAUGCAAUACAUGUUUCUAUACCCAAAUCUUAAUUUAAAAUGCCCCUUGAAGGACGAAACUUGGUAUAAGGCCAUAUGUAACACGGUCGUUCGUGGUACCCGAAUCGAAAACUCUCCCCGAAUUGAAUAAAAAUGCUAAAUAUGCAGUUGCACCUAAAUAAAAUAUUUUGGCCUAAAAAUUAUCAAAAAUCCAUUAAAAGGACGAAAAUACGCUUCAAGCUACCUUUAAGUGCUUUUCAAAGAAACUUCCGAUAAAGAUUAAUCAAAGUUAUAGCGGCCGAUGCGUACGUAUUAGUUGAACAUCUUCUUUUGAAAUUCUUUCCUAGUGAAAGUACCAAAAUAUCGAAAACGCUAAUUCUGUGUAAUAAUAAUGUGUAUUUUCGCUCAGAUGCCAUUAAGAUGAUCUUCUUUGUACGGAUGUCUAUGAAGGGGUAUUCCUAGGUACAAAUCCAAAGCUCCUGACAAGCUAAAAGAACUAAAACGCAAUACAUGUUUAUAUACUUAAUUUUCAGUUUUCAGGUCGAGUUUCCAAUGCCGUUUGAAGAGUCAAAACCUAAUAUAGUGUUCUGUGCAAAAUAAUUUUUUCUGAAAUAAAUCGAUAGAUGAAAUGAACAAAAAGAAUACUUCUUUCAAUUAUGAUAUUUUUAAAUGAUAAUUGUGAAAACCCAAUUGGCCGUAUCGGUUUUCUUGUGUACCAAUGGGAUGAAAAUGUUUAGAUUUCUUCGAACCAGUUUCUAAUAAAUGGGAGUGGGCAAAUAUAAACUUUAUUUUCAUAAAAAAAAAUUCUUUUUAAUUCGUUUUCAAUAAAGAUUCCACAGUGUGAGCUUUAGUACCAAAAAAGCGAAAAAGUUAAAAAAUAUCAUUCAGUUUUGGUGACACAGAAAUAGAAUUGAUCUUCUAUUUAUAUGACAUAUCAAAUGUUUUUCUUAACGCGAGUCAAUCAGCCAACCGUAAAAACGCCUCUUUAUUACACUUUAAAAUCUACUUAAAGCCAACAUAUACCGAGUCAAGCUAACCUUCGAGUUGCUGAGCUCCUUGCUAAACAUUACAACAGGUUGUUUAAAUUGCUGAAGAACGUCAGUAGAUUAACUGGAAUAGGGAAAUUGCAAUGUAACCCCGUCUAAUCGUUCACACGUAGCAACGGGCCCGCCGUUUAAUUUCGGCAUGCUAACAUUUGUGCAGACAAGCUGUUCCGGCAGAAUGGUGAGGAUUUUUGUAUUGAGACGCUGUAAAUAAGCAGAAUGCAUUCAUCCAGUCCGACUUUUCUGCACCACUUCUCGUUUUUCGUGCAAUCUAACAGAAGUGUUAAUGUGACUAUUGCGAAUACGAAGGGUCAGUCUGUCACUUUUCACGCUUGACGCUCGGCUGCCGAAUUCCUGCCAGCCACCUAAUGAGUGGCUGUCUGUCGGUGAAUUCGGCGACUGCUAUCGUCAACCGCAGACGCCCAAGUCACAGCGAAUAUCGUUCCGCUGAAUAAAACGCAGAGGAAACAUCGACAUGGACAUCGGUGGCACGUUUCAAACUACGUGCAGGUUUGACAGACGUCACGCUAGGACUACGCGCCCCACUAAGUCAUUUUCAUAACCCUUCCCAACCAGAGUCGCAAUAGUAGAUCGUUCCGAGAUUUACCGGCCGACCGAACAACGGAGGCGGCGAUCGCUGCGGCGCCUUGAUUUGAAACUGUCCCAGGAAGCGUUGUAUGGUAGCAGUAGCAACAGCAAGCGCCGUAGUUCGGCACACGAACGAUUGGACCGAUGGCAAUCAACAAUAGUGCAACAAAGGUCCUGCAUACUAUCGAAAUCUUGUCUGCUGUGGAAAUCGCAGCACUAACGGCUGACACAGUGGCCGAACCAUCAGAUCGGCCAAUCACCAGCUACUGGAAAAAUAUCAGCAGUUCAUAAAGUGUCCACUGCUCUAUUUUUACAUCGAUGCUACACAGCGAAGAUGACGAUGAUGACAGCAGUUCGUUCAUCCAGCCUGUCUGUAAGUGUGUAGUAAUUGCGGCAUAAGUCGGCGCGACCUCCAACGACGUGAGCACUGUUUCUGUUGGAUACAACGACAACAACCGUAGCGUUUACGCCAAAUGCGCUCAGCUGCUCAGGCUGCUAGCCGUCGGACGGCGUUCGCGGUCCUGACCAGCGACAGCAGCGGCAACAACAACAACAACAACGACAGUACCAAUCUACCCAGCUCCCAAACGGAGCGACGGCAGAUAGGCUGUAGCCUGUCUGUCACAGGGAAACGACGACAGGACAAGGGCCUUGCUCUUUGUUGGACAAAACCACUACGAACGGAAAAAUUGUAAAUCGUAGAAGAUCGUGCACAUGUCCACUCAAAUUAUCUUUUAUCAUUACCACAAUCACGAACAGUCGCAGAAGCAGCAGCAGUCUGAGGCGCAGAACAACUUCCACACAGUUUGUAGUAUGAGCGGUGAAGGCUGCCCUCACUUCGAUGAGCAACGGGAUGCGCUGCUUGAAGCAUUCCGGGUCCUUUGUGCCGUCUACGUGUCGCCAUGUACACGGGAAGCGCUCGCCAAAAAGGCGGAAACGUGUCGAUGCUUCUCCUGUAAAGGCUCGCGCGCCAGCGUACGACUUCAUGCGUGUCUCCAUUGUGUAUUCGUCGGCUGUUUCGUCGAAAAACAUGUUCACGAGCACAGCCGGACCAGCGGCCAUCUUCUAGCGUGUGACAUUUCUCAUGGAAUUUUAUACUGCUUCGCUUGCAAAGACUACCUAUAUGAUUUAUCGUUAGACAUCGUUGCGCGGCAGGCCCGGCGACGACUGGCUCGCUUGCUAGGUUUACGGGAGCUGUUAACAUGUGGCGCGUGGGACCCCGACUCCGAUGGCCUUGAGCUUUUGCGCCGUCACCCGAAACGAAUCAAAAUCGCAAGCAACUCACCGGUCGGCCUGCGUGGCCUAUUCAAUCUCGGAAACACGUGCUUCAUGAAUUGUAUCGUCCAGUGUCUUACGCAUACGCCGUUAUUGCGUGACUACUUUCUGGCCGAUCGGCACAAAUGCUCACUGCCUCAUUCGCAGACAUGUCUUGUCUGCGAGAUGGGCGACGUCUUCCAGGAGUUCUAUUCAGGCAAAUCCACGCCACACGUCCCGUAUCGCCUGUUACAUCUCGUGUGGACGCACGCUCGCCAUCUAGCCGGUUAUGAACAACAGGACGCUCACGAGUUCUUCAUGGCCAUCCUCGACGUUUUGCAUCGUCACGCGUCCAGGUCGCAUUUACAGCAUCAGACAGAAGAGUCGCCAGGGUCACAUGCGGGUGACUGUCGAUGUAUUAUCGAUCAGAUUUUUACCGGUAGCACACAGUCGGACAUCGUAUGUCAGGAAUGUCGAGGCGUUUCGACAACGGUAGAACCGUUCUGGGAUAUAGCACUCGAUCUCGGGCCAAGUCACGCCGCUGAGCACGGCUCUGAACCGAAGAGUCUCACUGAUUGUUUGGACAGCUUCACACGACCCGAACAUAUGGGUGAUUCUGUUGAGUGCUCGUCAUGUCAUUCGUAUCAAGAGUCCACAAAACAACUUACGAUGAAAAAGUUACCCAUCGUUGUCAGCUUUCACCUAAAGAGGUUUCGGCGAGAACAGUCUACGAAAAAAGUUUCGACAAGGAUAAAGUUCCCGCAAUAUUUAGAUAUGGCACCCUACAUGGCAGGACGAAAUGGUAAACCCGAACCAGCUGCUCAUACUGGUCAGCAGCAGCAGCAGCAGCAACAACAACAAAACCAGCAACCAAAUUCGGCCGGUUCUUUGCUCAACAAAUACUGCCUGUUUGCUGUGGUCAUUCAUAAGGGAACAAUCGAAACCGGUCACUAUACGGCGUACAUUCGACAGCACCGUGACGCAUGGUUUAGCUGUGACGAUCAUGACAUUAAGAAGGUUUCUCUUCAAGAGGUGCUAGAUUCCGAGGGCUAUCUUCUAUUCUACCAUAAACAGAUUCUCGAAUAUAACAAUUAAGCUCUAGAAAUUAGAAUUAACCUCUAUUUACCAUCACUGAAAUAAUCGAGUAUUUGUCAGUGAGCGGGUACUCGCUAGACCAAUUUGGGUAAUUAUAGCGCCUAUAGAAAACAAUAGGCAGAACGACGGAUGGAGAGAUAGCUGAUUAAGCAGUAUCUUGUUAUUUAGUGGACGUUUCUUUAUUUUUGGGAGGAAUGGUUAGGUUUUGAUUGUAAGAUCUAUGGCAGCCCGAACAAGAUGCAUUAUGUGAUCGUGUAAACUCUGUGACUACUGCUAGAUAUGUUGGCAGUAAACUCCUUUUUGAUUACUAGUAUGAACUCAGUUCAACACCCUUAGGAUGUCUGUUUCGACUCGAAUCGACCCCAAUAACCCAGCGGCAUUAAUUUCGACCCAAGCGGAUGGGAAAAACAAAUGUGGCGGGUACACUUUGUUUGUAUUUAUUAUUGUUAUUACGUCGAAUAUUAGUAAUUUAACAUUAUCUCUAAGCAUCAGAAUUUUACAGAGCGUAAUUAGUGGACUAGAAGGAAACAUCGAUAACAAAGAGAACUAUCAGAUAUCUAUAUGUGAGGAAACUAAGCAAAACGAUAAACAGUUUGAUUGACUUUGAUUUCUCAUGCUUAGGAGAAAAACAAUAAUACGUUUCAACACACAAACAAAGUCAGAAUUAUCUAAUUUCCGUACUAAUAUUGUUAAACAGAUGAGUGAAAUGCUUUUGUACAGUCGACCGAAUAGCUUAACAACUCACUAAUGGAGAAGCAACCUAAGUACGACAUUGCUGCUUCAAGUGUAAUCCUUGUCAGUUGUUGUUAGAAUAACUAGAGGCUACACGCAAUUGGAUAACUCGUUUUAAUAAAUUAUAUCUUAGUUUGAUACACGGAACGGUCAACACGUUAGGUUGUGAGUUCCAAUUGAUUAUGCUUUAAUACACAAAAAUAUGUGCUUAAAAAUAGACCCAGAAUUCUUUAAGAAAUUCUGGUUGGCUAGGGAAGUGUUGGUUUUUAAAAAGUAACUUCAGCGCAACACAGAAACUUAACAUCUAAGAUGUAGACAGAUGCAUUUAGAUGUAUUUCUUAAUUGUUUGUUGAUGAUGGUUCGAUUAUAUGCGCCUUGAAACUAAAAUGUACUUGACCGCUAGCAGCGUGAUUCAUAACACAGGAAGAUCUGUGUGUUCGGUUCUACGAACCGUAACUUAUUGCAAGAAAGCGGCGAUACUUGUACGGGAGAAAAUAAGAAGGAUGAAAGACUUUUCUAGCAAUUCACUUUAGAGAACGUGCUACUAUUAUCAUUCUAUAAAUAAUUAUAUUGAAAAACUAGUAUGUUGCUCAGAUUUUCUACGUUGAUUAUCGUUGCAGUUACAAAAUACAAAUGGGGACUGAAAAUGGUAUAUACGUACCAACAAGGGGCAAGAGGGAUAUUUUGAGGUUUAGCGACGUAACGGCCAACCUUCGAUCAUUGCGCACAAAUGCGUGAACUAGCCGUCUGGUGGAGUUUCACGCCUGUAACAUAAUACUACAAAUAAAUAGUUAAUUAAUUCUACUUAAGACUAUUACGAAGAAUAGCGAUGCGAUGAGAUCAUGAUAAUUAGCAAUUAUUAUUAUUCUUACUAUUACAUUCAUAUUGUGUAAUUAUAAAAAUGUACAAAUUCGUAUGAUACGCCAUCCUCAUCCGCGAGAACGGCGUAUGUCUGUGGAUAUGGGCACGAGUGGGGGAUGUAUGCUUAAAAAAAGAAUAAAGAAGGGCAUAGCAUACAUUCUGUAUGCCUCCGAUGCAUUCAGUGACUCGUCUAAAACAAGUAAAAAAUAAAAAGAUUGUAUUGAAAAUUA